UCAGGUUUGAGAACUUUUGCACCGCAUAUAUUUUAGUUGAGCGGUUACCAAGAAGGUUCAUUCCCUAGAUCUCUUGAAUCUCUGCAGCAACCUCCCAGUUUAGGAGUAAAGCCAACCAUGUCUGAAAGAAAAGCUGUCAUCAAGAAUGCUGACAUGUCGGAGGACAUGCAGCAGGAUGCUGUCGACUGCGCCACAACAGCCUUGGAAAAAUACAACAUUGAAAAGGACAUUGCAGCUUACAUCAAGAAAGAGUUUGACAAAAAGUACAACCCCACAUGGCACUGCAUUGUUGGAAGGAACUUUGGUAGCUACGUAACCCAUGAGACCAAACACUUUAUCUAUUUCUAUUUGGGACAAGUUGCCAUCCUUCUCUUCAAAUCUGGUUAAACACCAUGUUGAAAACUAGUUUUAACAAAUUCUUUUUCAAUGGGGGAACAGACUUUACACAGGAAGUUGGACAGAAUUAAAGUUUGUGUGCUGGAGAUUAAAUUUUACAAACUCUUUACAAUUCAAAGACUUUGAUUUGCAAGGUUGCAUUCAUUUGUAUACAGUUAAUAUUUUGUUAAUUUAUUUUGUAUUAAAAAUUUGUAAGAAGCUAGAAAAUCAUUGAAAUUCAAUGGUGGAAUCUGUUACUUGUCCAUUUUAUUUGAAGAAGUAACAAGUUCAAUAAACAUUUACCCUUGUUA